AUCGAGCGACAGCAUCGCAUGAUAACCGAGGGAACAGCCCACAGCGAUGCUCUCGGACGUAUGAGGUUUUCAAAGACGCAAGAGCCGGACUGUUGGUCUCAAGCAGUGUCUCCGUGCAAGUGUUGAAAAUCGACUGCUUGCACAUCCUGCUGCGGCCUUGUUGGCCCCAACACAUCCUCUGUCGCCGGCCUGAUCCAGAGCUUCUUCCUCUGUCUCGUCGCCCGUUGUUUGUCGUUGGGUAUACUGAUUGGUCGUGGAGACUCAUCGCUGUCCAUCCGCCUGUUGGGUCUGCUGGCUUCGUUUCGCUCCAUCAAUCGCUACCAUGCGGAGACAACUGGUCGUCGGCCUCGGAAACUACACCUUCCCCAACACCAGGCACAGCGUCGGCAGCAUGGCCCUCGAUUAUUUGGUCGAAACCAUGAUCGGGCCGGGGGCUUGGACCUUUGACGGACGGCUCAACGGAUGGAUUGCCCACGGCCAACUCAAUGGACCGCAGACCGAAAGCUUCAAGAAGCUGCUGUCGGGGCCAUCGUUUCUGGAAGCACUGCGCUUGGAGCCGGCUUCGAUAGGAGAGGCCAAUGUUGUUUUCUACAAGGCCAAGACGCUGAUGAACAUCUCCGGUCCCUCGGUGAUGAAAGCCGCCCGAAGCCUAUCGGUUCCUCUUUCAGACAUGAUUGUUGUCCACGACGACCUCGAGCGGAAGCUCGGCCAGCUAUCGACCAAACUCUCGGGCAGCGCCAACGGACAUAAUGGAAUCCGGUCGAUCGCAGAUACAGCCAGGAGCCUUGAAUUCAAGCGCAUUCGUAUCGGCAUCGGACGGCCAGCGAACAAAGACCAGGAUGUGGCCCAAUAUGUGCUCUCGCCGUUUGCGCCUGACGAAAAGGUGGUGCUAGCCGACGACGUCUUUGCUCGCAAGCUCAAGUCGAUGCUUGUGGACCUGCUGUGGACCCGCAUGGGCGAGCAGGAAUCGCAAUGAGAAGCAGCCGGGCUUUGAUCAGCCACUCCCUCUUGACCGGGCCAAUCGUUGGCUCCGGUUGGGACAGCGCGCGGCC